CUCACAGCUGAUUGUGUUGGAUGAAGUGUUUUGCUUCAGUACGUUCAUCGUCGUCUCAUGUAGCCAUUUCUGGUUAUCAGCACCGUAGAGUAGCUGUAAUACCCCCAAUAAUGGCUCAAGCGCAUGCCUUUGACACCAGCGGCUCUCAAAUCCAGGUGGAGCACGAUAAAAAGCGCCGGCAGUUUGUCAUUAGGCUCAAUGGAUCCCAUGAUCGUGCAGUUCUUCUGUACGAGUAUGUCGGGAAGAAAACGGUGGAUUUGCAGCACACAGAAGUUCCAGAUGCAUACCGAGGGAGAGGCAUUGCCAAACAUCUAGCCAAGGCAGCCAUGGAUUUUGUAGUGGAAGAGGACCUGAAGGCUCACCUGACCUGCUGGUACAUUCAGAAGUAUGUCAAAGAAAACCCUCAGCCUCAGUACUUUGAACACAUCUAUCAAUGACCCAACACAGCCCUGAAGAAGGGAUCGAGACAGAGACUCGUGGGAGGGAGAAAUACUGUGACGGCAUGCCUUGCAGCCGCUGGACAAAAUUCCACACACCGCCUCCCAAGUGUUGUUGAACAUGUCAUUGAGGGAAUCCAGAGACAAAACCAUCUCUAUGAUCUCACGCUGCCGUGAGGGUUGACCGUCCUGUCAAAGGGCCAUUGACAUCCAUCACAAAGGGAGGGGGACUGGAGUAAAGGAGAAGCUCCGUUCGGUCUUGUUGUUGCGGAGCGACUGAAGGGUGGUGCCUGAAUCUUCCAGAGUUUACCCUCAAAGCUGACUUGAAACAAGUGCAGAUUUAAAUCAGAUCUGAUAGGACUUGUUUUUUUUUUAUGUCUUUCCUUGGAAAUACAUGCAUUUCUUAUCCUUGUUUGAUAUGGGUAUAAUGGCAACAAUGGGUGCUCCACUUAAAUUUAGAUUUUGUAGACUUUCAAAUUUGCCCCCUGUGUGUUAUAUCUCAUUUUUGCCUCCUGAUGUAAGUUUUGUUUUUUUUGUGCUAAAGUCUUCAAAUUAAUCAUGAAACUGCAGCCAUUUAAUUUUUUUUUUCUUUUGUCAUCUUUCACCUACAUUUGGCGAGUCACAUUUUAUUAAUAAAUACAAUUUUAAAGUGGAAGAAAAUGUUCAAAGCCUAAUUUGGUAAUUAUUUUCCACUGUAAAAGACACAUAUGGUGUUUUAUUGGAGUUUUAAAUUAAUGAUUUCAUUGACAAAGGUGCAGGGAUUUGUAAACUAUUGAUGUCCUGUCAAUUUCUCUGUUUAUUGCUCAUCCUGGCAUUUCAACGUUUGCCGUCUCUAACCAAAAACACACUCUUGAACUGAGGGCAUUUCCAUUAUGUGCUGUGAUGAUUAUUACUUUUUCCUUCCAGUGACAUUUCAUUUGCAAUCUGCAACCGAACUGGUGGUUCAUAUGCCACUGACAUUAAAAUGAGUUCAACAUUUGACAAAUAGGAUUAUUGAGGUGAAAGUAUUUUUUUUCUUGUAGAUAUUUUGCUGUUAACAAUCUUGUAUGUUUAGUUAAAAAAAAAAGUCAAAAACCUCAGGCCACUCAACACGCCUUGGCAUGCAAGAUUAAACUGUCUGCUGUGAUGGCCAGCCGCAAUAAGAAGUCCCUUUGGAAACAUUUUGAGCAAGCGCCUAAUGCCCAAGACACUGUCAGGUUUUUUUUUUUUCAAGUGGAGUUUUUGUGCUUAUUUUAUUGCUUCAUUCAAAGCAAACCAUGCCUGGUGGGAAUUUUCAAGCAGGUUAUUUUGGAUUUGUUAAAUAUUCACAUUCUUGUUACACAGUUUUAUACUUGAUAGCUUUUCUCUGUACCUAUUUUAAAUACAUAAAUAAAGAUAAUAUUCAUCAAA